AUGGCCGAAUAGGAACAGCUCCGGUCUACAGCUCCCAGCGUGAGCGCCGCAGAAGACGGGUGAUUUCUGCAUUUCCAUCUGAGAUAAUGAUGGCUAGAACUGCAGCAGCCAUAUGGCAACCAAAAGGAAAGGCCUAAAGAAUGGCAGAGAUACCACCCCAAGUGUCAUGAAGGUGUUAUAUUCCUGAAUAUGAUUCUCGACCUGGCAGUCACUCCUGGAGAGGUGACCACUUCUCUCAUCAUUUUGGUGAUGGUUUUUGUUUUUGUAAGAGCUCUCAGGAGCAAGGGCAGAAAGCAGGUGUCUCCUCCUGGCCCUUGGUCCUUCCCCAUCGUAGGGAAUCUUCUCCAGCUUGGAGAUCAUCCUUACCUUACGUUAAUGGAGAUGAGGAAGAAAUGUGGAGAUGUCUUUCUCCUCAAACUUGGCAUGGAACCUGUCUUGGUGGUAAAUGGAAUGGAAAUGGUGAAACAAGUACUACAUAAGGAUGGGGAGCAUUUUCCAGGCAGACCUAACAUGCACACAUUUCCUUUCCUGGCAGAAGGAAAGAGUCUUUCGUUUUCAGUGAAUUAUGGAGAGAGUUGGAAACUUCAUAAAAAAAAUGCCUCUAAAGCCUUACGAACUUUUUCUAAUGCAGAAGCAAAAUCCUCCACUUGCUCUUGCUUACUUGAGGAGCAUGUCACUGAAGAAGUUUCUGAACUGGUGACAGUCUUUGUAGAGUUGACUUCCAAGAAUGGCAGCUUUGACCCCAGAAAUGCGAUCACCUGUGCGGUGGCCAAUGUUGUCUGUGCCCUUUGCUUUGGCAAGAGAUAUGACCGUGAUGAGGAAUUUCUUAGGAUAGUUAAAACAAAUGACGACUUACUCAAGGUCUCCAGUGCAGCUAACCCUGCCGAUUUCAUACCAUGUCUCCGCUACCUUCCACUGCAGAUUAUAAAUGCUCCUCGGGAGUUUUACCGCCUGAAUGGGUUUAUUGCACGACACAUACAAGAUCAUCUUGCUACAUAUGAUAAGGAUCAUAUCCGAGACAUUACUGAUGCUCUGAUUAAUGUUUGCCACAACAAAUAUGCUGUUACCAAAACAGACACCUUGAAUGACAGUGAAAUCAUAAGCACCGUGAGCGACCUCUUUGGAGCUGGGUUUGAAACAGUAUCAAUAUGUCUAUAUUGGAGCUUUCUUUAUUUGAUACACUAUCCAGAAAUUCAAGCCGAAAUUCAAGCCAAAAUUCAAGAAGAAAUUGAUGGAAACAUUGGGCUGAGACCACCCAGAUUUGAAGACAGGAAAAUUUUACCAUACACAGAAGCUUUCAUAAGUGAAGUAUUCAGACAUGCCUCUUUUCUUCCAUUGACUAUUCCACAUUGUACUACAGCAGACACCACUCUGAAUGGCUAUUUCAUUCCCAGGAAAACUUGCACCUUUAUCAACAUGUAUCAAGUAAAUCAUGAUGAAACUAUUUGGGAUAAUCCUAGCUUAUUUAGACCUGACAGAUUUCUAAACGAAAACAGAGAACUGAAUAAAAGUCUGGUCGAGAAAGUUUUGAUAUUUGGAAUGGGUAUCCGGAAGUGUCUGGGAGAAGAUGUUGCACGCAAUGAGAUAUUCAUUUUCAUCACUACUGUUCUGCAGCAGCUCAAGCUGAAAAAAUGCCCCAGAGCCAAGCUAGACCUGACUCCUACAUACGGAUUAGUCAUGAGGCCGAAACCAUACCACCUCCAAGCAGAACUGCACCCCUCAGGUAGUUCAUCUGCUUAGAUUCUCAGACUGAGUGGAGGGUUUCUUAUUCAAUUCAGAAAAAUAGAUGAUUUGAGUUUAUUUAACUAGCAAUGUGUAGUUUAUUCCCCUGAGCUAUGCUAUGAAUUCAACUCUGUGACAUAUCAAGUAUGUGGUAUAGCUUUAGUUCCAAUAUGAGACUUACUGUCGUGUGAGGAUAUUUUAAGAUAACAAUAAAGUGUGAUGUAAAUCAGGGGGUUUAAAUCCAGAUCUCACACAGUGGUGUCCCGGGUGUCAUGUGGGUAUGAGUGGAAGGGCAAAGUGAGUGGCAGAUUGACCAGGCAGGCAAGGGGACUCUGUCUACUUUCCCUUCAUGCUAGCUUCAAAUAAACAGGCAUACUCAUCUUUGCUUUAAAUAUGGGGUUCAGAAUAAGAACAAGGUUCUGAUCUUAAAUAUUUUCAGUGAUCUAGGGCAUAGGUGCUCAGGAGGGCCAGAGAAGGGAGCUAGAGUAGCCUAGCAGAGAGCAUUGCAUGGUCACAGUAGAUGAGCUGGGCUAGAGUUAGAGAAGUAGAGAAAAGGAGACGACAGGGAUUGCCUCAAGCCCAUUUUUGUAUCAGAUUAUGUAUUUUUGUGUGUUAAAUUUUUAAUUGUAAGGCAAAUUGGUGUUUUCACAAUGUUACCAACUUCUUUUGGUACAUACUAUAUAUAUAUAUAAUUAAUAGCUUACCAGGACUGCUAUAAUAACAGAAUACCAGAGGCUAGGUAGCAUAAACAACAGAAAUUUACUUUCUCACAGUUCUCGAGGCAGAAAGUGCAAGAUCAAGGUGCCAGCUGACUUGGUUUCUCCUGAGGCCUCCCUCCUUGGCUUGCAGAUGGCUGCGUUCUCACUGUGUCCUCACAGGGCCUUUUCUCUGUGUGCACACGUCCCUGGGGUCUCUCCCUCUUUUUAUAAGAACAAUAGUCAUAAUGUAUUAAGGCCCCACCCUAAG